UUUUAUUUCAGUGUUCUGUUUUAAAACAUCGGUUUAUAAAAAGGUCCAAAUGAGGUUUUCUGAGGUUUGUCUCCCCUUGAUAAAUCCAGUCUUAUCCGUACUUAUUAGUGAGGAGAGAACAGACUCCAGUCUAAUGGAUCGCGCUUUACUGAUUAUGUUUUAUGUCAGAAUUAAUGAAAUUGGCUGAUAAUUAGAGCAGUCAGUAGCAUGUUUAUGUGGUUUUAGAAUCAGUGUAAUGAGGGCUGUAUUGAUGUGUUGGGGUGUAACUGCUUUCUGAUAAAUCUCAGAAAUUGGAGGUGAGGAGGGAGUCACGUGACGCAAUCUGAGAAAUGGCCGCUUAGGGGGAGACCUCCGUGCACCAUUGCAACUUUUGCUCUGAAUUUCGACAUUACGGCUCUCAGAUUACAUUUAUCUCCUCUCUGAGUGAGUCAAGCAGCUAUUCGACCUACAGUUGCUGGAUAAAAUGGCAUCUAAACGCGUCAGUCCACCUAAAACCAGGCAACGUGAUAACGCUAAAGAUGGCGCGGGCGACCGAGAAGAGAUUGCUAGCAUACACGAGCUUCUCAAUAUAGUGGACCUGCAGGAAAGAUCCCGCCGCAACACUCUGCGAUUUCAGGGUUUUCCAGAGCAUUGCGAAGGGAGAGGCCCAGCAAAAUUCCUGUGGGAUGUGAUUCCUGAGAUGCUCGGCUUGGAGUUCCCGUCUGGGCUCGUGGUGGAGCGAUGUCACCGCUUGGCAGUCGCUCGUAUGGGGAGCAACAGGCCGGAGAGAAUUCCCAUCACCCGGUUCCUUAACUGGGAGGACAAGGAGUCAGUAACCAACGCGGCGAGGGAAAAGGGUGAAAUCCGCUGGAAUGGCAACCUCAUCCGGAUCUUCCAGGACUAUUCAAAGGAAACGGUGUCUUUGCGGCAAAGUGUUGAGAAUGCAAGAGGCCGCAGGAAAGCUUUCAAACUGAAAUACCCGGCGGUUCUCUGUAUCGCUACGGGGGGCGGAGGAGAGCGGCGUUUUGAGAGUGCUCGCACCGCGCUGAGCUUCAUUUCAGCCCUACAGCCGGUGGCCGAGCCCCCACCUGAUGGCGCAUUGUACCGCGGGGGUCCUGGACUUGAUGUAGGCCAGAUUGGCCGUUAAACAUGGCUUAGCAACAGAGAACUUGAAGGACUCUGAGGCUGUAAUGGCUGAAAGGCUUUGUACCAGAGAAACUCCCAUCCAGUAGACUUCACCUCACAGGUCAGAGUAACUGUGUCUCCAGUGUAGACAGAGCGCUGAGGAUCCACCCUCACAGUCGGUGUGGGUUUUCCUGUUGGUAUGAAAUGAUGAAUCAGAGCCGCUUUUCAUUUUACAACACAAGCAGUAGUUCAAUCGUCUUAUACACUGUAUUUUAUUAAUGAGUCUU